AUGGGUCCUGAAGAGCAUCCCAGUCACGGAUCGAAGUCACAACGGAGCCCCGAGGCGCUUUCGCGAUCAGGUCAUUCUGAUCUCGAACGAGCGCCUCGGGCGCCAAGCUUGGUUGCCCAAUCGAAUACGCGGGAGGUUGGCUUCGAACGGCACAGUGGGGUAGUGGGCUUUCCGUACCUGCCUUGGGGCGAAACAGGAAGAAGUCAUGUUGGGCUUGCCCAUUCCCGGCAUAGCUACCUUGCACCAGCUUCAGAGAUUGGAAAGCUGCCGCGACCGCCCCCGUUGCCUCCGUUGGGCGACAAUAGACCAGAGCAGCGUCAACUUCCAAGCCUUCCAGGUUUGUCUCUACCUCGCAUCGGGCAAGGGGAGCGAGAUCCCAUCUCAAACCCUCGACUUGGACAGCAUGGAGUGGGAGCUGGAUCCCAUUCUUACGACUCCUCGCCUACGUUGAGUUCGACUUCGGAUGCAGGUCCGAGUGCGGCGCGCAUGUACUCGCUGCCGCCAUCAGCAUUGCCGAGGGAUGGUACACUGGAGCGAAAUGUGCCCGCACAGUCACAUCGUCCUCGCGCCAGCACGCAGGUGCACCACGGGACCCCAAACGCCAGACCUUCUGAGCCGCUUCACCACACCUACGACGACGAUCAACGCCGAAGAGCUGGGACCGAGGCAGAAUGGCACGGAAUGCCGCGGUACGGGAGACCUUUGGGUCCGCGCAGUCACGAUGCAAGCUCGUCGAGUAGCUUGGCCAAUGCUGGAUCUUCCACCGAGGUCCAGCCUCCUCCGCGCAGAGUUGCCAAGGCGAAUGUCGCGAGCGCUUGUAUGAAUUGUAGGCGCGCGCAUUUGGCCUGUGAUGGUGAGUCCUCCAUUGUCUCGAGAGGUGGUGGGGCAACUCUGGUCAGAGUACAUCGUGUCUUCUAAGCGUGGUCAGCAUACGAAGGGAACAGCAGACUCUGCCGUUCCUUGGUGUCGACACGUUUCGUGUGCGAAGCAGCAAGUCUGCGCUUCCUGUUUCAGCGACCAGGAGCUGAGACUGGCAAGUCUUGGGUCUUCUUGAACUCAUCACACCACAGCGCGUCGUCCUCACACGGAUGCUUGUGACUCCGUCUGGUAUCGACUUGCCUGGGAUGGUGAUGGAAGCGUCGAGAAAAGCGUGUGCACGCUGUGGAGAGGCGACCUCCAGAUAGCGGGGAGCGGGUGGAUGGGCUGCCGCUGCACGUACGCGCUUGCUCAACGACGAGCGCGUCAGUCUCAGCCCAUUUCGCGUAGAUGGCUGUGUUUCAUAUGCACACCUCCAGUCACCAGUCCAGGGUGCGAGACGCGUGCACGCUCAUGUCACCAUGUACGCAGUCACAGUGUCGUCGCACACGAGCGCAGGUCUCCAUUCCUGUCCAAUUGAAGGAGUCUUGUUGUCUCUCUCUAUGCUAUCAAGCUGCCGCCCCGUUUCCCGGCGCGCAAGCCAUGAGGAUGCUGACCCUUGCGAAUUGGAGCGCUGACAUGCAUCCACUCGCCCCCUCAUCCAUCCAUCCAUCCAUCCAUCCAUCCAUCCGUCACUCAUCACCAUGCUUCCUCCGCCUCUACGCUUCUGAACGGUCCUGUGCGGGCUCUACUUCUCGCAGCGCAACGACCUUGCCAGCGAUGCAAAAAUCUGGGCAAAACGGAGACGUGUAUCGAUGUGCAGGUGAGCUGACAAUGAUUUGUGAUGAGCAAUCGUGACUUGCUCCAUUGCGGGUGAUUGAAUCCGACUGUGGGCAGACCAGCACACGAAUGAGGCCCAUAUGCAAGUCUACGACGGAGCUGCAUGCGCAUUGCCCUCGGAAGGGCCUUUUGCAAGCUUCCAUGAUCGAACAUGCACGCCAUCCACCGCUUAUGGAAUUUGCUCAGAGAGUAGUGCGUCCAUCGCCGGCAGCUAUCAGAGCACAGGCAGGGACCCGAUGUGCUUGGCUCGUCUGCAGGCAAUGCUGCCCCUACACUCGGAGACCGAAUCGUGAAUGCUCCAAUUGUGCUUGUCCAGAACAAAGAGAUUUGCCACGUGUUGCUUCAUGUUUGGCAUCGCCGACUUUCUCUGACACGAGCCGCAUGCCCCUCCCCCGCCCCUUCAGCACAAGCAGAGGGGCCGUCCCCGUCUUAGAGAUCGGGAGGUCGCUGCUGCCGCUGCCAAGUUGCCAGGCGCUCCGCUCUAUCCUCCCUUACCCUCAGCAACACAAGAGCCGCCCGGCACUUUGCCCACCAAACGUGGGCCUUUUCCCACUCGCGCCGCUGAGCCCUCGUCGUCGUCAGCAUUCGGCACCGGACCUGGAGGUGAGCCCUGGCAGACCAGCUACGACAGCAGCACCGGCAUUGCGACGUCUCGCUCUCCGCCCUCCCAGCCACGAUCGCGAACAGCAACCCAUGCCGGCGAAAAUGAAGGUUCAGCAAUCUUGAUCUGCUCAACCGAGCUACGCGCCGCUCGCGCAUCAGAUGAAGCGCUUGCGCUGUUGGGUAUACACAAGAGCUACGUCGACUUUCAGCAGAUCAGCUUGCUCGACCUUGUGCACUCAGAUGAUGUCGGUAUUCUGCAGAACCUCUCUAGAAGUCUGAUCGAGCCUGUGCAGAUUCCACUCUUGCCCGCUCCUUCUAAAGAAGCUCUACUCUCUGCUUUCCCAUCCAAGUUAAUCGAACCUGCCUCGGGGACCAUCUUUCUGGAAGGCACUGUUCGAAUACGGCUCAGUGAUCGACAAUUCCGACCUUGUGUGGUGCGGCUCUACCUCGGCGGAGGUUUGGGUGCGAACUUGUACCUCCCCGAUACGUUCCGCAGCGCUUAUAUCGUCGCCGGCAUUACGCCCACUUAG